GCUCGCAGCAAGGAUGUCGUUGACAGUUUUGCUCUGUGCACUCUUCAUCACGCUGCUGUGGGACAGCAACGCCACCGUGUUGUUACCGCUGGAGCAGGUAGCCGCUUCCAACCACGUCCCUGAGUGUCGACUCCGACUGCGAUCUCGCGCUGUCACUAAUGUUAAGUCGAUCUCACUCUUUGCCGGCGAGGCUAUCUCCUUAGAUUUAUGUUUGCGAUCUCCAGUUGACGUUAUAAUACACGACCUCGUGUACUCCAAUGAUGGUGGAAGUGACGUCAUCUCAGUUACCAUUGACUCUGACGUCAUCGGUACAGUCAACACAACGGACGAAUCAGGGAACGGCCAUCUCUGGAACGUAUUCCACCAUUCAGGCUAUGUUGGAAAGGGAGGGUACUCUGGGGGGAGACAUUCACUGUCUAUAACUGUGACCGAUUCAGACGAAUAUGGCGUUGAGUUGGAUACGAUAGAAGUCGGCUUCGGUGCAAUGACGGAAUUUUGUGGUGCGUCUCCUAGCAACAGGGACUUCAUGGCAACAACAGUUAAAUGUCGGCCCGAAGUACCUGUACCGGGAUCUUGGAUGUGACUGGACUGUUGGAUGCGACUGUUGGAUGCGACUAUUGGAUGCGACGGACAGAACCCUGUCAACCUGUACACUGCCACCUCCUAGACUGUAGACUGCAUAUAUUUGGAGAUCCUGGACUAGCGGAUAUCAAUACUUUUGACGAACAUUACUUUGGCAAAGAUUCCUGGAACUACAGCCCAAUCCUACUACUCGCUGCCAUUUUUAUGUACUAAUUUCUCGUAUUAAAGAUGUGUACAACAUUAAAAAUUCUGAUCUAAUACACAGUUUUAUGAA